UCGAACUCACCGCGUCCCUCUUGCUAUGGAAACGGCCAAGCCGCUUUCUAUUACUAUGGAAACGGCCCGGGAGCGUCUGGUUACCCCGGCAACCUCUGCUGAGAUUUGCCUCGCAAGUUCGCACUCUGUUGUUUGUCUCUGCAAGUUCUUUAAAAAGUUUUUACGGUGACGAGCAAAAGUUAGGAAAUCGUUAUGCGUCGUAGAAUGCUUAGAUUCAGUUAAAUAAAAAAAAUAGUAUGCCAACUAGUUUAUGCGUUACAACGACUUACUUUGGUUUUAAAAUCAAUGCAUUUUGAAAUUAUUUUGAAUUUUUUUCUUUGACCAUUUUGACCUUGCACGUUUGUUUUAUGGAUUGUAGCUAAUCCUCUCUUGUCGGGCAAAGUGUAGAAGUUCCUAUCAGUUUUUUCAAUGAGUUCUCAAGGAGACCAACGCGAACCAACAUCGCCUGGACUGGAAGCUGUGAUUCAGAAGCUGGAGGAGUCUCUACUCUCUAGUCUCCCUGACAGAAGCAGCAGGCUAGAGGAGAGUAGCCUGUCUCUGACAUCAAGAGGAGAUGGACAGGACUCUGCUGCUGCCACACCCGCUGCCACGCCCGUCUCAGCCUUCGCCUGCUCUACAGCAACACCCGUCUCCUCCCGCAUCAGACAGAUCAUCACCAGGAACCUGGCUAACCCUAACCCUGCUGAUGAUGACAUCAGUCUACAGGAUGAGAACAGGGUCCUGAAGGAGCAGCUCUCUCAGACCAGGAUGGACCGGGACCAGCUACUGGUCAAACAGACCCAGCUCACAGACAGGCUUGAACAGAUGCUGGCUCGGCAGUCUGCAGCGGGGGACUCGGACCAAGAGAGUGUGUCUGCAGAGCACCUGCGGCUGCAGAGCGAGGAGAGGGCCUACAGGCUCAAACUACAGGCCUUUCAGGAGGGACAACACAGACAGGCUCAGCUGGUGCAGAAACUGCAGACCAAGACGCUUCAGUACAAGAAGAGAUGUGGUGAUCUGGAAGAGCAACUGUUGGAGAAGACCUCAGAGUCAGAGAGACUACAACUCUCACUGCAGGCCCAACUGGACUCGUCAGCCCACCGUCGGCACCGGACGGAAACACAGCUUCAGGACAACAGCAGAACCAUCCAGAGCAAACUGGCCAUGUUGGAGGAAGAACAGAAGAGGUGUGCCGGUCUCAGUCAGGUAAACGCCCUGCUCAGAGAACAGCUGGAACAGGCGAGCUCAGCCAAUCAGAGCCUGACGGAGAGCCUGCGCAGAGCCAGUGAAGACUUGGAGCAGAAGGAUGUUCGGCUACGCAAAGAACAGGAGACGUGUGCCUACCGGGUGGGUCGUGAGCAGGCCCGUGUGAGGGCCCUGUGGCGCCAGGCAGCCUCCCUACGGAGCACCUUCACCCAGCUCAGGACCUUCGCUGACAGGAGUCUGUCUGACAUACGUGGGGAGUGUGUGACUGCGAGCCGUAGUCUACAUGCGGCCUGUAUGUCACUGGAGGCCAGGGUAACACCGCACAUCGCCCCUAGUGGCCUGGAGGUGUCAGAGCUGGAAAGGCAGCUGAGGGACAAGCUGAGGGAAGCCAUGCAGCUGCAGGGACGCUGGGACGCUGAGAAAGUAGAGCUCAACUCCAGGAUCCUGGAGCUGGCAGACAUGUUGAAGCAUCUCAGAGCCCAGAACAGUGAGAAGGAUACAGGCCUUGCUGCCAUGAAGACCAGUCUGGACAGGAUGGAGACAAGCAGAGCGGAAGACAGGGCAGAGAUGGACGACUUUCUCUCAGAGAUAAACAUCCUUCAGAAGGUCCUAACCAGCAUCACACAGCUGGUUCAUGGUGGUGAGGAUGGUAAUGUCUCUGGUGGUCAACCUUCGUCCUCCUCCUCCUCCUCACCUCUCCGGGGCCGCACUCCCCAAUGCAACAGCACCCUAAUGGCUGUCAAAGGUCUCCUCUCCCAACACCAGAUACAAACACAGGACCUGCGUAGCCGGCUGGAUGCAGCCCUGGAGCAGGUAGAUAUUCUACAUAGGAAUCUGCAGGAGCAGGAGGAGGAGAGGAGGGACCUGGAGGGGAGGAUGAAGGAGGUGCAGAAGGAGAACCAGCAGGUUGAGAGGAGUCUGGAGGAGAAACACAGAGACAACCAGAGAUUCCACACCUCCCUGGACCUCCUCAACAGUGAGAAGGUCAGCCUGGAGAAGCUGUUUGUGGGCCUCCAGCAGAAGACAGAGUCCCUGGGGGCAGAGCUGGAGGUGAUGAGGGGGUCGGCUGGGGAUCUCCAGAGACAGAGAGACCUGCUCCGCCAGCAGAGAGACGACCUGGAGAGACAGCUGGAACGCCAACGCAGCGAGGCCCAGAGAGGUGAACGGAGUCUGGAGCAGCUGGAUGGAAAGAACAGUGACCUGCGCAGGGAGCUGGUGACAGUCAGGGAGGCUCUGAGUCAGGUCACCCUGCAGAAGGAGGUCCUAGAUGAUGAGAAGAAUAGCCUUACCCUGGCUCUUAGCAAGAUGGAGUCGCAGAGUGCAGGACAGGAGCUGUCAGUCACCAAGCUACAGAGCCAGGAGGCUAGCCUUAGAGACUCUCUGGCCAAGAUGGCUGCCCUGAGUGAAGGACUGGCCAACGACAAGGUGGAGCUCAACCGCAUCCUGCUACAGAUCGAGGGUGAGAAGGCGGAGCUGGGUGAGCGUCGUCGGGAGGCGGAGGUGGAGAGGGCUUCGGCCAGGGAGGAGACGGGGAGGCUGCAGCAGGAUCUCCAGGACCUGACCGCUGACAGACGGGCCCUGGAGAGCUCCUAUAGCCUCCUGCAGGAAACCAACCAGAGACUGGAGGCUGAACUGGCACUGCUGCAGAGGGAGAACAACCAAAUCCUGGAACAGCAUGCACAGGUCAAUAAGCAGGUCCAGGCCCUGUCUGACCAACUGACCUCUAGCCGUAGAGAGCUGGACAGCAAGGCUGUGGCCCUACAGAGGGCCCACCGUGACAGAGAGGAUGUGGCCAAGGACAAGGCCAGUCUGGGGGUCCAGCUGACUGCCGUUGACCACAGGGCCUGGGUCCUGGAACAGGAGAUGACCAUUCUCAGAGCGGAGAAGGAGUCUCUAGAGACUUGUGUCUUUGAGGGCCAGGAGCUAGUGUCCUCUCUGGAGGGGGAGAAGAACCGGCUGGAGGUGGAGCGAAGCACCCUAACGAUGGCUGACGAGGACCUGACGCGCGAGGUGGCCCGUUUAAAGGCGGAGGUUGACCUGCAGGUGUCCCGGGCGGGGCAGGAGAGAGAGGUACUGGAAACCAAGCUGGCUCAGUUAGAGAGGAACCACCAGAUAGCCCUCAGCACUAAAGAACACAGUCACAGAGAACAAUUGGAGCAGGAACACAUUGAGAAGGAACAGCAGUGUGUGGACCUAACCCUGCAGAGGGAGCGUGCAGAGGCCCAGCUACGGUCCCACUGUGAGCAGCAGCGUUUACAGAGCCAGGCUGAGCUGCAGCAGCUGCAGGAGGAGAUGGACCGGCUACAACAAGUCUGCAACAAUAGCCUCCUGCAGGCCGAGAGCACAAAACAACAGGCCCUGUCCCAGAAGGAGGGAGAGAAGGCAGCCCUGACAGAGAGGCUGGCAGGCCUACAGCAGGAUCUGGAGACAGCAGGGCUGGAGAUGGAGAGAGGCAGGAGAGAUGCUCUGAGCCUUCACCAACAGGACAAGGACACUAUAGCAGGUCUUCAGUGUGAGCUGCAGUCCCUGCGUUCUCGCUUCGAGGAGUCUCUGAGUUCCCAUGAGUCAUCAGAGAAGAGUCUGACCGAGCAGGUCAGAGAGUUCAACCAGCAGAGAGAAACAGCACAACAUGAGGUGAGGGGACACUCCAUCUUUACUACUGCUGCACCGAGGUGAGGGGACACUCCAUCUUUACUACUACUGCACCGAGGUGAGGGGACACUCCAUCUUUACUACUGCUGCACCGAGGU